ACUCGAACGAACAAGCUAAGGUACUUUCUUUUUCUCUUUCUUUUCUUUCUUUUUUUUUUUUUUUAUUGUUGCUGCUGUUGAUGACUCUUUUCUCUAGUCCGGUACGAAUUGAGUCAUUUCAAUCCUCUGGUUCUUCUCUAUAUAUUCUUCCUGUACUCCAUUGCUUCACCGCGUACCUACCGUAAAUUAUCUCAUCAUGACUUGCGGUCUGAAGCUGGCCGCCGCUCGUUGCGGCAACCACACCUUGCGCCAGAGGAUUCCACUCAACGCUGUGCGCCGAUACUCUUCUCACACUACUACUUCUAUGACUCCCCCCACCUCACCGUUCGCCCCUCGCCAUUUUCUUUCCAUCGCGGAUCUUACCUCAACAGAGUUCGCAACCCUCGUCCGUAAUGCAUCCUCACACAAACGAACCAUCAAGUCGGGCUCCAUCCCACGGAAUCUGCUUGGCUCCAUGACUGGGCAAACAGUAGCCAUGCUGUUUAGCAAACGCAGUACCCGGACCAGGAUAUCUACUGAAGGGGCUGUGGUGCGCUUGGGAGGACAUCCAAUGUUUCUAGGCAAGGAUGAUAUUCAACUCGGAGUCAAUGAGUCCUUAUAUGACUCUGCAGUUGUAAUCUCCUCCAUGGUCUCUUGCAUUGUAGCCCGAGUCGGCAAGCACGCUGAGGUUGCAGACCUUGCCAAGCACUCGACGGUGCCUGUUAUCAACGCUCUCUGUGACUCCUUCCACCCUCUCCAGGCCAUUGCCGAUUUCCAGACCAUUUACGAAACAUUUACCCCUAAGGCCCAUCGCUCUGACAGUUUGGGUCUAGAGGGCCUCAAGAUUGCCUGGGUCGGUGAUGCGAACAAUGUUCUAUUUGACAUGGCAAUCGCUGCCACCAAGAUGGGUAUUGAUAUCGCUGUUGCGACUCCGAAGGGCUAUGAGAUUCCUGCCCCGAUGUUGGAGCUCAUCAAGCAGGCCAGCAAUGGUGUCUCGAAACCAGGGAAAAUCAUUGAAACCAACGUUCCUGAGGAGGCAGUUAAGGGUGCGGAUAUUCUGGUAACUGACACCUGGGUCUCCAUGGGACAGGAGGCAGAGUCGAUCAAGCGGUUGAAGGACUUCGAGGGCUUCCAAAUCACUCCUGAACUUGCCAAGCGUGGUGGUGCUAACGAAGGCUGGAAGUUCAUGCACUGCCUGCCUCGUCACCCUGAGGAAGUCAGCGAUGAAGUUUUCUACAGCCCACGGUCCUUAGUCUUCCCCGAGGCGGAGAAUCGGCUGUGGGCUGCGAUUUCGGCCAUGGAGGGCUUUGUUGUCAAUAAGGGGAGGAUUGAGUAAGGUUUGAAAAAAGAAAUAAAUCAUAAAAAACGUGUAUAGUCUAAAUAUGGAAUCCUCAAUGAAUUAAUGGACUGUUGGUUGACGUUUCACAUCGACAAAUGUACAGAAUACCAUAAAGAUGCAAGACACGUCGAUAUACAUAAGCACAAUGUCUUAUAGAAUCCGUAGUUCGAACACUGAC